GAUCUCGUAAUAAGCGCCCCUCCCGGGGAGGUAAUGGCUCCAACAGCCAAGGAGGACGCGGUGGAGGAGCGAAACGUCCAGGAAAUCAAGGUGGAAACCGCGACUCGGACUCGCAGGCUUCUGAUGUCUCCACCAAACGACGCUCCAACUCGUCUCGCGGCCGCGGAGGUGGGACCGCUGGCAGGCGUCCUUCACGCCCGGGAAGUAAUGCAGCUCCGAGUCCAAAAGUAGGGAACAAUCCUCCGGUGCCAUCUGUGAAGGAAGGCGAGAGCUCAACUCUGUCCAAUAUCCAGAAGGUCAUUUCAGAUAUGAAAUCGAUCCCCGCCACCUCGGCGCAAAGCCAAGGCCAA